GAACCCUCCCAGAGAAUGGAACAAUGGCAAGGAGAACAGUUUGUCGAGUUGGAUUUCAGAACAAAUGUGUACAAUCUCAUACCAUUAUGGUUAAAAACUGCGGUUUCUUUGCUGUUUACGAGUUAACGCCUUUGAGUUCUUGUAAUUCAGCAUAUUGCUUUCAACCAAGCUCAACUUGUGUGGAAGGAGUACCUACAAAUUUAUCUGUAUCCUAUCACGGUGUUUCUUGGACGUCACAUCCUAAUGAAACAGCAACUGAUCGCACUCAUAUACCAUCAGUGAAUCUUAUUUGUAACUUUACGCCCAUCAAUGAAGAAAACAUUUUUUAUGAAGUUAAUUGGUACAUUGAUAACAAAGAAGCCAUCAGAAAUCAAACACUGGCCACUGACAAAAGGACGAAAGCACUUCUUAGUGCCAGCGAAAUCCUCCAAAUUAAAGGAAAGGCAGGAUCUAUGAUACAUUGUGUGGUUGGAGCCAAAUUUAGACCAGCAGAUUCCCCAUGUUCCUCGAAAUCCAGUCCAUUAUUUUUUGCAGGAAUAAAGCUUUUAAGACAGAGAAUUGUAAUCGAAAAAAAUCAAAAAGCAAUAAUCCCAUUUCAACUUACCAUCCCAUUUGCUGAUCAGACUUUAGUGCUGGACAAGGAUGAAAAAGAGUCGGUUCUUUAUAUAAAUUCUGCUGUUCAUAAUGGAUCACAUGUAUCAUGUGAAGACAGCAGGAGAUAUAAUUGUGCCAUAAAUAUAACAUCAUAUAAGUAUAGCGAGAGAUGGAAAUACGAUACCGAUGAAUGGAAAGGUAUUCAGAACUUUACAUUUUACAACGAUGAUGAUGGUGAUUAUACUCCCGAUACACAUCUGAUACUGAGACUUCAGACAGUAGGUACGCAGGGUGGACAAUUGUCUCCAACUAAAAUUUUCGAAGAUGUCCUUCUCCCAGACGUUCAGGUUAUGAUAGUUGAUAACAAGACACUGUGGAAAGGCAAGAGUUGUUUCUCGGUAACAGAUCCACACAUCUUUACCUUUGACAAUGUAUGGUAUCAAUGCAUGUUGCCUGGGACCUUCAUUCUGUAUAAAAAUGACCUUUAUAAUCAAGAGGUACAGGAAAAACAUUUUAUGUGUACUCAUGGUGCAACCUGUAAUUGUGCAGUAGCGGUGAGAUCAGGACGGGACGUGUUUACUAUAGAUAUGUGCGGCAGACAAAGGGAAAUCAUCAAUUUUCCACUCUGUGAUGACAGCGUUUUGAAAGUAGUGAAGAAGGCUGAUCGUCUAUAUGAGGUGUUGCUACCAACAGGAACAAGAGUUAAAAUUUCUAUUAACUGGCGAAACGAAACUGGUUGGUUUUUAAAUGCAGGCAUUUAUCCAUCAACGUCGGAUAUAGGAAAUACCAGAGGACUUUGCGGCAUUAUGGAUGGAAAGAAAGAAAAUGAAUUUACAGGAAGGAAUAAUUUUCAGUAUCCUACUAAUAUCACGAGGAGACCAGACUUUUUUUCGAGUACUUGGAUAGUUAGGAGCGAGGAAAACUUGCUAAUAGAAGAUCAAAAUGUAUUCAGCAGAUUAAAAUCAAUCUCCACCACAAUGACUCGUGUGUGUAAAUGUGAUAAUUCUACUGGACAAUAUAAAACUGUAUGCAAUUAUGGGAACGUCAUAGACUGUAAAUUUACGGUUGGAAAAAGAUAUCAUUGUUUGACUCAUCCAGAAACUGUAAGACGACGAAAGCGGGACCUUAAACAUCUGCAAACCCUAGAUCUGUUUAACAAACAUCCCUUUUUAGAAAAUGAGAAUUCAGUAAACGAGCGAUAUAAAAGAGAAACGACUUUGACAAGAAUGACAUUUGAAGAGGCUAAAAAUUUUUGUCUGACAAUGUUUGAGAUGUCUGAGGCGUACAUAACAUGCCGAUCAUUUGUAGCUGAUUUGAAUAUUGAUGCUUCCUUAGAGAGCUGUAUCUCGGAUUUACAA